AUGCCUCCUAAAAUCAAAUCGUCUACACAGCAACAGAGACCUGCUUCUCAUGCUACAUCCCCGCCUCGUGGUGACUCUCCCUCCAGCCCGGAUGAUUUCGCUGGAGGCACUUCUUCCUCGGCCUUUAAGACCGAGCUGCUAUCGGCACUCCGGGUUGAAAUGGCACUUAUUUUCAAAACCGAACUCCAAGCAGCUCUUACUGAAAACUUGUCGAGUAUAAAGGCUGAGCUUCUGGCUGUGAAGUCGGAAUUAACUAGCAACAUUACAACCAUUCAACUGGAUGUACGCGCCCUGAAAGACACCGUGGGCGAAUUGGAGACAUCAUGCUCUACAUGCACCGACGACAUCACUACGCUACAGGCUAAGGUGGAGCAGCUGUCUGCGGACGUGAAAAGACUUGACAAUAAAUGUGAUGACCUGGAGGCCAGAUCUCACCGCAACAACUUGCGGCUGAUAGGAAUUCCAGAGGAUUUUUCCAUCUCAUCUACAGCCAUUUCAAAUUUGCUUAAGGAGGCUUUUAAAUUGGAGAAGGAGCCCUUGGUGGACCGUGCCCAUCGUACUCUCCAACCGAGACCGAAACCUGGAGAGAGACCUCGUCCUAUUGUUAUUCGUCUGCACUAUCAUUCGGACUGUGUGGACAUAUUGGGUCGAGCUAGGUCCCAGCAGCGGAUCAUGUUUGGAGAUACACGCUUCUCCGUUUUCCCUGACCACACGCCGAGGACGGCCCGGGCCCGCGCCUCCUUCAAUGAUGUCCGCCGACAGCUUCGAAUGAUCCCGGGGAUCCGAUUCGGACUGUUAUACCCAGCUCGACUCCGGGUUACACAUAAUGGUAAGGAGACUGUAUUUAAUUCACCAGAAGAGGCCGGGGCUUUCAUCAGGUCUCUCAAGACACGUGAGAACAUUGCAGAAGCACAUAACUCUGAAUAA